AUGACCCACACAUCCUUCACUCUGCAACAGAACGUUUAUAAGGCUCAUCAUGGGCCCAUAACUGUUGAAGACGUUGACGAGAACAGUGUUUCUUCUCUAGCCUUGCAGCGUCUUAUCGACUCAGCUCAAGGCGGUGCUGUUGGGGUGGCGGCCACGUAUCGCACUGAUUGUACUCUUUCGUCUUUAGCAUUUGCCACGCUCACCAGAGCGCUCGUCGUCCACUUCUUUGCUGCAAAGAAACAGAAUCUGCAGCACCAGCAGAAGAAGAAAGGCCAGGAACAACACCCUCCGGUUUCCCCAGGGCGCACCCUCAUACAAGACCGAAUAUUGUGUGAUCCUGACAUCCGACUUUAUGGGUACAGGAUAGACAGGAUUGUACUUGGUCUCUACCUAGACCUAUCUCUUCGCAUCAAUACCGCAGUUGACAUCCUGUCGGUGUCUGUUAGCGAUCGGCGCUCCCUCGAAGCAACUAUGGACGCCUUAGGCGGCGAACUCUUACUCCAGAAGCAGAACGUAAAAGUUCUCUUUUCUCAUAGAGAAGGGGACGCAACAACCAAUGAUGUGGCGCUCCAAGCCUGGGCAACAUGCCGCACUGUUGCGUUUCCUUACAUGGCGUCCAGAUUUGCUGGCAUAUCUCGAAUCGCCACAGACGCGAUGCCCGAUGUUCAUCUGAGCGCCCUCGCCAAGAUUUCUCGCGAUGCUGAAAUUUUGGAGUCUUUGAAGCCAACGAAAUUCGUCAACAACGUCCAAGGCGGCUUUAGCAUCUCCAAAGCCGGUAAUGUCAACCUUGAGUGCACUCGCUUCAGAACGCGCAUCAUGAAAAACAGAGAUCAGGUCAUUCACAUCGAAACGCAGAAAGGAGAUCGGUUGUCAACGAUCGCUGGUCACGCACGUCAUAUCAACGGACGACAGGCUCAAAUCGAUGUCAAAGGCGCUAUACAUGCUUCGGGCAAGGUCCUCCGUGUGACCACCAUUGGGAAAGAAGACUUGACAGCCGCCGAAUCGUACAGAGAAUUUGUAGUGCUAAAGGCGCUUCAAGGCACCAUCAUGUUGACCCAUUUCCCAUUCUUCUGUAGUAUCUGGGCACCUUCAUUGAAGAUCUCAUGGCCUCCUCUAACUGGGGGUACUUCCAGCCCAUCAUUCGUUUACGAUCCGAGCGGUACAUUGGACCAUUCGCAGUAUGAAGCAGUGGAGCGAAUUAUCUCGCAAGCCGACAGAGAUCGUGUAUUGCUUAUCCAAGGUCCUCCUGGUACUGGCAAAACAACAGUCAUAGCGGCCAGUGUCGACAGUAUCGUCAGGACUGGGCACAAGGAUCGCACAGUUUGGCUUGUGGCACAGUCGAACGUCGCUGUCAAGAAUAUCGCAGAAAAGCUUGACAAGGUUGGCUUCCGCGAAUUCAAGCUUCUGGUAUCCAAAGACUUCCAUUAUGACUGGCAUGAACACCUCUACGAGAGACUGGAACACUGUUUUAUACGAUCCGACAUGUUUGGUGGUGGGCCUGUGGCCGUUAGUCGGCUUUUGCUUGACACAAGAGUCAUACUUUGCACAUUGAGUAUGUUGUCUAAUCCUCGCAUCGAAGAAUUUACUCGUCAAGUUCCGGUUCAAACCGUAAUAUUUGAUGAGGCGAGCCAAAUAGAAGUGGGAGACUACCUGCCGCUGCUUCAGCGUUUCCAGCAUAACCUCCAAAAAAUGGUGUUCAUCGGUGACGACAAGCAACACCGUAUGCCACUCGUCAUUGGCAACUUCAUUUCCCGUCAUGUAUACAAUCAGAAAUUGAUGACCGUGCACGACAUCAACAGCAAGGCAGCAUGUCGUUUCUUGAAUGUCCAAGGGGGUCAGGAGCAGAAAGCGGGAAAUAGCUGGAUAAACCCACAAGAGAUAAUCAUAAUUAUCGAGCUUGCCCGUAUAUACCACGAGCAGGGCAAGCAGUUCAGGAUCAUCACCCCGUAUGAUGCUCAGAGGUCUAUGAUAGAAAAGCAGCUUGAAUUAGCGAAGCUUCCAUGGGAAGACACAUGCUUCAAUGUGGACUCCUUCCAAGGAAACGAGGAAGACCACAUAAUCGUCUCUCUAGUCCGUACCCAGGGCGUAGGGUUUUUGACGAACGCGCGUAGGACGAACGUCAUGCUGACACGAUGCAAGAAAAGCAUGAUCAUUUGCACGAACCAUGAUUUCGUGACGAAGGGUAAAGCGGCAGGCACGUUGGUCGGGCAGCUCGCUGUUGCCAUGGGCCCUGAUGCCUGGUUGGACAUAUAG